AUGGCGCCAGGUAACAUCUACAUGCAGUGUGAAGAACCUGAGAUCAAAAACAACAUGCUUGACAGGACAUCAAGGAAAUCAGGUGGUUUCCUGUUGCAGAGUUGCAGAUGUUGUUCGGAAGGAACAUCCAUAUCAAUCCUUUACAUUGCAAAUGCUGUGCUGUUUCUGCUGUGGAUCAUAACCACCAUCGUUAUAAGUGGAAAACAUUCCGAGACGGCCAAGGAACUGGAACAGCUGCAUGGCAGCCAAACUCUGCUGAGUUCAAAUGACACCCAGAUGGAGAAGAAACUGGGGAUACUUCAAUCUAAUCAAUCCGCCUAUGCAUCACAGAUGAAUAACAACCUGCAGAAAUGGAACGAUUCUCAGACUAAACAAAUACAGAAUGUGACCAACAAGCUGGGUGAUUUACAGUCUGAGAAUGAAAAGAUCUGGAAUGAGUUGCUUAAAGUAGUGAGUGUACUUCAUAAACUAAAUGCCUCAGCCUGCAAGAUGUGUCCAGAGGGUUGGUUGAUGCACAGAGGACAAUGCUACUAUUUUCACGAACAGUCGAUGCACUGGUCUUUAGCGAAAACGUUCUGUGAGAAUCAAGGUGGCUACUUGGUUUCUAUCAAUGACAACUCUGAGCAGAUGUUUCUCCAAUCAAAUAAAAAAAACAUUAACUAUUGGAUUGGUUUAAACGAUAUAAAAAGUGAAAAUAACUUUGUCUGGGUGGAUGGUAGUCGUCUAACAUAUAGCCACUGGUCUCUUUUUCAGCCUGAUGAUUAUGACAGCGGUGAGGACUGUGGUACGAUGAAAUACAGUGGCUAUUGGAAUGAUUAUGGAUGUGGUAACACAUUGGAAGGCUGUAUUUGUGAAAUGUCAUGGGAUUGCCAAUAG